CAUAUCCAUUUUCCAGGGCACUCGAGAAUCAGAAUCAAACUUCUUAGGCAAAAAAGUAUAGGAAGAAAAAUGGCAUGCUGGUCAGCUGAAAAUGCAACCAAAGCGUAUCUUAGAGCAAUAAAGAUGGGAAAGAGAGCAAAGGAGCCAGAGAUGGCAGAGUUCAUUUCAGCACUUGCUGCAGGCAACAAUGCACAACUGAUGGUUGUUGCAUGUGCCGGUGCAGCUGACUCGGCCACCGCACUAGCUCUAGUGGCUGCAGCUCACCAGACAGGUGGCCGAGUCAUCUGCAUCAUUGGAUCAGCUGACAAGCUAAUUCCAUCAAUCGAAUCUCUAGGCCACAACUCAAGACACGUUGAGUUUGUAACCGGAGAGGCCAGCACACUACUAAUGAAUGAUUAUAGAGAAGCGGAUUUCGUACUCAUUGAUUGCAACCUCAACAACUGCGAAGGCAACCUUCAAACAGCUCGAAUGAUGGGAGAAAACGUGAGUGUUUUGGGAUACAACGCACUUUGUAUGGGUUCAUGGAGAUGCGAGAGCUUCAAUGCUCAUUUAUUGCCCAUAGGGGAAGGAUUGUUAGUGACUACUAAUAAAACGGCGAAAAAAGGGGGGAAUUUGGGAGUUUCAGGGAAGAAGAGUAGAUGGAUUGUGAAAGUAGAUAAAUGCACAGGAGAAGAACAUGUUUUCAGAAUCAAAGGGAAGCCAGUUGAAGCCUAAGGCUCUCUAUUUUGUGAACUCUCUUUGCUAGAUUAGUAGUGUAGAUUAAUUAGGAGAAGAUUUUUUUCACCAUGUCAAAUGCUAAGCAUAGAGAUUUGGAUUCUCUCCUUAGUAGGCUAUAUGAUUUUGAAUUGUAAAUAGCUGCAAUAUUAUUAAUUAAGCCUUAUUGAUUUA